UGACUCUAGGCAUUGACCAUCACCAUCUGCAAGGGUUUGAGUCUCAGCUGUCUGGUUUGAGUGGUGCUUUAUUGCGCUGACUGUCGAGCCGAGCUCAUCUGUUGUGUUUUUCUUAACCUUUCUCCGCUCUGCUGCUCUCACAAAAUCGCCAGACAUCGGGACGAUGUCCUCCACGGCCAGCUUACCAGUUUAUCUCUUGCCAGGAGUCCCAGUUUGUCAGCCUCCGCAUCUGGAGGGCGAUGUCAACUUUGCGACAGAAAUAUUGCCUGGACCCCCUCCGAUAGCGACCGUCCAGAGUUCUCUUGCUAAGCGGGACCCAAAGAAACCAGCGACCAUGUAUUCCUACUUGCCUGCUUCGGAUCCUGGAACCACAUAUUCUGGAAUCAUGCACGGUACUUUGAUUGGGCAGGACGCUUUCGCUCAGAGAAAACGUCCGACUGGGGUGGAGAAAAGUUCUAGCCUCAAAGCUGUGAGCAGAGCUCAACGAGCUGAAGCUCGUAGUCAAAACGUCGCGAACUCAAGUGGAAAUGAAGCUAGUGCAAUUUUGAAUGAAAAUGCAACAGGGUCUCGACUGCCACAGUCCUCCAGCGAUCCUGAUAUACAAAUAAUCGAAUCUCUACCCUUGUCUCGUUCUGCGUCUGUUCAGGCGACUGCAGAGUCCAAGGCCUCAGAAACAUCUAGCCGGCCAAGGCGAAAGGACAAGGGUAAAGCGAGGGAGGUGGAGCCUAUCGUGAGGAUCAAAGAGGAGCCCCGAGCAGCCCUCCUCAAUACUCCUGAACCCAAUCCGAAUUUACUGAACAACAAUGAUCACUGUUCCUCUUGCCGCUCUCAGGGUGCCCUCGUCUAUUGUGACGGGUGCCCCCGUGCCUUCCAUCUAUCUUGUCUCGAUCCUCCCAUGGAAUCGAUAGAUGAAGGCGAUAGUAAUUGGUUCUGUCCCGCUUGUAUGAUAGUGAAGUAUCCGCCAGAAAAACCUAACCGACCGCCAAACUACCUGGAUCCCAUCCUCCACAUUCUACAACACAGUAUUCCAACGGAGUUUCAACUUCCAGAGGAUAUUCGGACGUUUUUCAAAGACGUCGGUACAGGACCUAGAGGUGCUUACGUGGACAAGUCGGAAAUCAAACCUCCCCGCUUGAAUCGCCACGGGCAGCUGGAAGACAGGGAUGCCCACCAGUUGCGUGACCGCAAUGGGCAUCCUGUGCUUUGUUUUCGGUGUGGGACUUCGGCACUCCCGGAAAGUGUCGCUGCGACAGCACCCUCAACCAAACGUGCACGUAAAGCAACUCCGAAAGCCAUGCAGUACGAUGUAUGGAAAGAUAUAAUAUCUUGCGACUAUUGCAAUCUCCACUGGCAUCUUGAUUGUCUUGAUCCUCCCUUAUCCAGCAUGCCCACGUUCUCCAAGAAAUGGAUGUGUCCAAACCACGCCGAACAAAUCAUUCCCAUGAAACGUCGAAUUCCAAAGCAAAAUGCUGCCCCCAUAGAAAUCACAAAAUCUUCUCAAUGGAACAAUGGCAAUAUUGAGGUUCUAGAAUCCGAUCUCUCCCCAGUCGUCAACUCUCAGCGAAAGGUGGAAGUAGAUGAAGUGGUCAUCAAUGGUCGACGAUAUCGUGUCCCCGAGCGCAUCAUUCUUCUGGAUUUUUGGAACAAACUUAAUAAAAAUCCCAAGGACGGCAGGGAUGGCGAAGAUGGCUCUGGCAUGUCGUCGCCACUGACUUCUCUGAGUUCUCUAGAGGAAGAUGAAGUGGCACCUGCUCCAGGUCCAUCCACCAGCUCGCGGGGUCCUCAUGACCUUGAGGUGGCUCAGAUGCUGUUUGAUCUCCAGAAAGGAAAUCCAAAUUUUCAAACCACCACGGCGACCCGUGGAAAUAUUAAUGGAUUCCCAGUCAAGAAAGAGCCAGUACCGAACACGCCGCUCGAAGUCAGCAAGUCCUUACUUCAAACACAGAAAACCAGCAAAAGUUCCAAGGUGAUCAGUCAAAAGCGAAAUACUACCAAGGCAUCCGCCAACGGUAUACAAUCUGACUUCGGUGAUUCAACUACACCAACAGGUUCCGCUCCAAAACGCAGGCGCUCCGUAGCUGUCGCAGCACCCACUAGAGAGUUAAGGUCGCGAAGUAAGAAUAUGGAUAAGAACAGAACGCUGGGGGAAGAAGAAACACUAUCAACACCACCCUUGGCAGUUGCGCCCUCCACAAGCAAGUCGAGGGUGCGAGUCAAGGUUGAAGAAAUGGAUAUCAGUCUAUCGAUCACAAACGGGGGGACCGAAGGUCUUCCUGCUCCCGUUCCUACAAAGAAGCCUGCCGCCAAACGAGCACGGACUUCGCGCAAAAAGGACACAGAGGAUGCAACCGAGGACAAGCCCAAAGAGAAAAAGAGUCGAAAACGAAAGGAACGAGAAGACGACACAAUCGAGAGUGAACGUCCCGCGAAAUCCAAAGAGAAGAAAGCCAAGUCUUCUCAACGCCAUAUACCCCCUUCGACCACCUCUCUUUCCUCGGUGUCCACACUCACGAUGACGCCCGGGACAACCUCAACUCCGGCAACUCCCUCGCUCAAAAUACGACUACCGCGCCUCAACCUCCACGGAUCCCCUGUUGUAAUCUCCACACCCAAGGCUACAUCAGGUGCAUCCACACGUCUUUCAUGACCUGUUUUCUUGCACGAAACAUUAGCAUUUUAACUCUGCAGUUAUCAUUAUUUGCCGACCACAUAUGAGCGUUGCAAUCAUCGAUGUUCCUCCUUUGUGCUUUCCCUGUACUUAUUCAUAGAGGCUUUAAGUAUUAGAUAUCUUGAACAUUCCAACAAGAGGGAGGGAGUGAACCUGCAGCUCCUCCGUUCAAAUUUAUGUGGGUUUGCAAGUCCUAGG